UCCAUGGUGGCUUUACCCCUUCGGGAAAUAGGACCCCCGGAUGACACAGGAAUCCCCAGGCUCCAGUACUGGCCAUUCUCCACCAGUGAUCUGUAUAACUGGAAAACUCAGAGUGCUCGGUUUUCAGACAACCCCAAAGAUUUACUGGCUUUACUAGAUAGUGUCAUGUUCACCCACCAGCCCACUUGGGAUGAUUGUCAGCAGCUCCUCCGAAUUUUGUUCACCACGGAAGAGCGAGAGAGAAUACAGAUAGAAGCUAGAAAGCUGGUCCCGGGGGACGACGGUCAACUGACUGCCAACCCCGACCUCAUAAACGCAACCUUUCCUCUGACCAGGCCGGCGUGGGACUACAACACGGCAGAAGCCUUACAGAAAAUUCACCAAGAAAUCUGGCCCAAGCUGAGAGAGCUAUAUGAGACCAGUCCCCCACCGACACCCCAUCCGUACCAGCCGGGAGACUGGGUCCUGGUUAAGCGACACCGACAAGAGACCCUAGAGCCCAGGUGGAAAGGACCACUCCAAGUACUCCUGACCACACCCACCGCCCUGAAGGUAGAAGGCAUUGCGUCGUGGAUCCACUACACCCACGUCAAGCCAGUGGACCCAACCUCCGACCUUCUGGGGCCAAUCACGGCAGCGGCGGCUGAAGCACCGGACACGUGGACUGUGGACAGAGCUAAGAACAACCCCUUAAAACUCACCCUGUGCCGGCAGCAUAACUCACUGCAAACAUGCAGUUAGGUAGUCUAACUCUAACAUUAGUCGCCCUAGUGGCCGCUGGGGAAAACAUAAAGCCAGCUCCUAAUCCCUUUGUCUGGAGAUUCUGGCUUUAUGAAAACCAAACCCACCCUGGGCAACCUCAUAAGCCCGGGAAAUUAGUGGCCAGUGCAGAUUGCCCCUCCUCAGGGUGCAAUAGCCCAAUUUUACUAAAUUUUACCAAUUUCCCAGUAGCCAAACCAGUGGCACAAAUAAUAUGCUUCGAGUAUGAUCAGACUGAAUACAAUUGUAAGCACUAUUGGUGGCACCAAAGUGCCGGCUGCCCUUAUAACUAUUGUAACAUCCAUAAAUACCAAUGGUGGG